AUGGUUGGUUUUAUAGCUUGCAAAUCUUUGAAUGAAGUGACAUUAACAACAAUACUGCUUUGUUUGGUAUCAUUAAUCGAAGAGGCGACAUCCGCGGUUGUUCCCGGUGAGAGGUAUCGCGGUCCAGUUGUACGGGUGGUGGGGAUAAUUGAACAACAGCAGUGUGUCCGGGAAUGUAGACACAGACCCAAACUGUGUCGGGGAGUCAACUAUCAGAAACAGGAACUACUGUGUGAACUCGUGUCGGCCAUCAACGAAACGGAACCCAAACCUGACUAUGUUAGAAUUGAACUCGAUCAGACUGACCGUGUUCCAGAUGAAUGCAAGUCAUGUUCUACUGACGAUCUGUGUUUCACCUACUCAAUUCUCUUAGCACUUGCAUUGGGUAAACCUACCGAACAAUCUUCAACGUUUCAUACCUAUGGAGAUGAGUUGGCAGCAGAUGGUAACAGAGUACUGCUGUGUGUUGUAUCAUUGUAUGAGGGAGUGACACCUGCAGUUGUUCCCGGUGAGAAGUAUCGUGGUCCCGUUGUUCGGGUGUUUGAGAUCAUUGGACAACAGCAGUGUGUCCGGGAAUGUAGACACAGACCCAAGCUAUGUCGGGGAGUCAACUACCGGAAACAGGAACUGUUGUGUGAACUCGUAUCGGCCAUCGAGAAAACGGAAACCAAUCCCGACUAUGUCAGAAUUGAACUCAAUCAGACUGUAAAUGUACCAGAAAUGAACCAGGAAUGUCUGGCAUGCUCCUCAGACGAUCAGUGUGUGACGCUGUCCAGUAAGAAAGUCCAUUGUAUUCGAGCUGUUUCAAACCUUGCGUUGCAUAAGCCUGCAAAACAAUCAUCAACGUUAACAUGGGCAGGAGUGGCCUACUCAGCCAAUUUGGCAGUUGAUGGCAAUAACGGUACAGACUUUGUCGUAGACUUGUGUACCAGCACGGAGGGUGGAGACACGAAUCCGUGGUGGUUGGUGGAUCUGCAGGCUAUGUAUUCCAUCAGAUCCGUCAGAAUAUUCAAUAGAGGAAUGGACAAGUGGGGACUAGAUGUGUCAGACCGGCUGCGGAAUGCUACCGUCAUUGUAGGGCUGACAGAGUCAGAUGUCAACACUCCCUGUGGAUUCUUUGCUGGUCCCGGUACUUUGUCACAGCUGGUAGUCAUCGCCUGUCCGACAUUACCAAAGGGGAGAUUCGUUAAGAUCUCCAUAAUCACUGAGUAUCUCACUCUUUGUGAAGUUGAAGUGUUUGGAUACUCUGUCUAAUUAUUAUUACUGAUGUCUUAACGAAACGAUUCUCUUUCCGACCAAAUAAUUAUGUAUAUGUUGAGGUGAGGUUUUCAAUAGCUGAAUGUUCAGUUUUACAUCUGUAAUAAAACUUUCUAUUUAAUGAUUGCUUUAAUUGUUUUUAUUUAUAAAACUGCAAGUAGUUGAUAUACAAAUAAAAAGCGUUUUUAUAAACUAUUUUAUCACGUGUAGAGUAUACCAUCC